CAACGCCUUGGGAUGCUUGGGAAGCUCUUCAACCUCGGCGCUGGCUCCGGGACGGGGCCGCUGCUCUCAGCUCAGCCCCCGCCAGCCAGACCCUUUCCUCUGGAGUCGGUCCAAGAAGACAUUCACACGCGGCACCUGCUCUUUCCGGACCCCCAGGACCUGUAUGAGCACCGCGUUAACCAGCUGUACCCGCUAUCCAGCGGCGCCACCACUCCUACCGGAUCUUCGACGAACGCCUUUGAUUACAAUGCCGACAUCGAGCUCGACGUGCGCGAUGUCCGCAUCAUUAUCAUGCAGGACGCCCUGAGCUCUGUCGCGGCCUCCCUCCUCUAUGACAGUCAGCCUGCGCCUCCCGUCCCGACCGCAUCCAUGGACCGGCCCUCUGCGACUGCCGGGUCUUAUUCCGUCCAGGAGCCCCGCCGGACCCCGGCCUCCCCGCGGAAACCCAGCGUCAGCUACUCGCAGCGCCCCGCUGUCAUCCAACCCGGUAGCCCCAAGAUCCGCCAAGGCGCAUUCGACAGGAGGCCCUCAGUCCACAGUCGCGGCCAGGGUCAUGUCGAGAGCGAAUCCCAGCGCGCCUGGCGCGAGUACCGCGAGGAGCUGGCCAUCUUUUCCAGCUGCAUAUUUGGCAAUUCGGAGCUUAUGGCAUACAAAGGCACCUCGACCAAGGUUCACGUCGUGCCUUCAGACGCACGACCGGCCGAGUCCCCCUCCGUUUUUGGCGACGGCCGGGGAUCCUUGGGCAGGUCUACCAUGAGGGCAAGCCGGCUCUCACAGUCCUUUUCUUCCUCCGAAAGCCCUUCGCCCUUUCCGCCACCUGCUCCGUCAGGCGGCCCGACCCGGACACACGACCGAAAAAAGGUUCUGAUAACGAGAUUGUUCCCUGUUAAUCUCCCUCUUGACGACGACCUGCCAUGUCUCCAUGGCACCUUCUCCGAAGAAAUGACAGGUUACCCGUUUCCGCACAGCACCGAGGAAGUGAAGGCCAGGAAGAAGAAGUUUCAGCCCAGGCAAAAGAGGACUCCCAUGUAUGCCGUCGCCCUCAUCAUCACCCUGCCUUCCUCCACGGCCCAUUCCACGCCGGCCACCGUGCGAUCCAGUUUCAGAGGUCCCAGCUCGUAUGCCGAGCAAGACUCGUUCCCGUCAUCAUUUGGCUCCACCCGACGCUCCGGCUGGGCGUUGGUGCAAGGUGGGCUCGGCGGACCGGAUUCCUUCGAGACCAAUUACGGCAUAGACAUGGAGGAUCAAAUCGACGCCAUUACGCAGCACUGGGACAUAAUCAUGCGCACCCUGAGCCAUUUGCAAUUUCUUGUUUCCGGCACCCUUUUUACCAUGCUCAAACAAACUGAUCUCUCCACCCCGGAUCCGCUUCCUCUCCAGCUAGCCAGGGCUUCGUCGGUAUCUGGCAGGCGCCGCGAGGACGGGCAGCCGGUCAAGAAUCCCAAAACAAACGCCAAGCAUAUCACGCUGCUUCCCAACUGUCUCCUGGACAAUCGAACCAUCAGCACCGAGGUUGAAUUCGCGAAGACACGAAUUGUCGCCGGUAUCCGGGCUUGCCGCGUGACUACAGGACAGAACAGGUGGCCGAUUUGGCGGGAGGAAGCUCGCUGGGUAGCCAAGUGGGCUGGCGCAAGGGAGCAGGGCUUUUUCUUCUUCAACCUGCUCACAGGAUUCUUGGCAACGCACACCGACUGGCUCCAGGCAUUGAGCCCACCCGCGUAUCGCCGUCGACACCUUAUCCAGCAGCAGCAGAAAGGCCGGUCCGACGAAGAUACUAUGGUCCCCGCUCGGACCGUCAUACUGAGCGACAACAAGAUAGCUGCGCGACGGCUUGUUUUUCUUCUGUCCGCAUUCUUGCCAGCUUCCCAGCAGCUUACAGGAAUACGAACUCACCAGCCUAGCACCCCAGCAUCCUUUGGCGGCCUCUCGCAGUCGCCUCCGUCUUUUGUUGUCCCCGUUCUCAAGGAAGAAUCUUUGCGCAGGAAGCUCAACCGCCGGACAGGCUCGCGUAUGCCGUCUCACUCCCGCAACCUGAGCCUGCAGACGCACAACGUGCGUCCCGGUGCUGUUCCGCCGCCUCUGGCGCACCUUAGCAUGGAAGCCAAACAUGAGCGGCGGGCUUCGGAUGCCGCUUCAAUCCGGGCCACCCACUUGCCUAUCCGAGGGAGCGACCCGAACGCGCGGAAGAGCGGCGCUGCCACUACCGCGACCAUCACCCCCGAGACUAGCAUUCCGCACUUCUCUACCGUUCACCGGCCCGAACUCUUCGCACAAGGACUCCCUGGGAGCAGCAACAGCGCAGCCGCCGAUGAUCUGAAGCGAUUGACUAGGGAUGAUAGCCCGGCGUCUCAGGGUUCCACGGCCGGGGAACGGAGGCAGAGUUCGAGAUGGAGUGUCAUCAGCGGCCUUUGGAAUGCUCGGAGGCGAGACUCGACGGGCAGAUCUCCUGCGCCGAAUGAGGGACAAACUGCAAGACCGGGGCCUCCUGCAAAAGCGCGCCAGCCUUCGAUUGCCGGGUCUUCCAAGACGACCCCAGAGGCCGGGUGUGCUGGAGGUCCGAAGUGCGCACCAACUGCCGUUGCCCGCGAGGAUGUGGCCACCGGUCCCAGAGAUCCCACCGCUCCGCCCCGGGCCUCUGCUGAUACCUUGGGGCCCAGGGAGCGAACCGGUGCCGUGCAGAAGACGGAGAGGACUCCAGACCCAACCGGCGCCUUUGAGUCGCCGGUCAAGACCUCAAUCAACAUCGACGAUGGCGUUAUUGAUGUGGAUGUCCCGUUGCCGGAUUUCAUCACAUCCUUCGAGAGCGCAGUGAGCUCGCCAUCUAGCAGCGGCUAUCUCUCUGCUUCGGGUUUUGGUACUGGUCUCGAUGCGUUCGAGCAGUCCUUCCGCUUCGCUGCCGACGAAGACAUCCCGCUCAACGUUGCCGGUUGGUUGCAGUACUACCACCCGGACUUUGUGUUGCAGGCACUCCCGGCUCAGCACUCCGACAUCCUGGAGCAAAUCAAGGAAUCGAUGCGCGCCGAGCCUACCCCGACACUAUACCCUGCAACAGCAUCGGAGGAAACGGCCACAGAAAAGUGGAUCGACAUCACCUCGGCCAUCGUGGCCGACACAACUACGUUUACUAUCACAAGCAUACGUUGCCGCCGUCUGGUCAAGCUAACCCGGAAUACCUCUGCACCGCCAACCUCAACCACGCCAUCGACUCCCGCGGUGUCGGCGGCCACGACCCCGCCAUCGUAUGAGACGCAACUGAAGGAGGAGUUCAUCGAAGAACCCGUCGUUGUCUUUGACGACGCUCUCAUCGAGGCUGUCGAGCGCGUCAUUGCCGCGGCCGGCACCAGUACUGAAACGACGGCGAGCAAAGCGAACUCGACCAGCUCGUCUAGGUCGACUAGCAAGCGCAGAGAGAGGGACAGGAGGGAUAGCUUGUCGGCUGCUGCUGCUGCGGCGGCGGCGGCGGCCGGGUCGCCGGCAGAUGCACGUUCCGACCAUGGCGAGGUUCAGCAAGGGCAGGGGCAGGCUCAGCAUCAUCAUCAUCCAGGGCAGGCACUCGUGCCGGUGGUGGUGUCUGCGCGGGAAGUGCCGCGGUCCAAGUGCAAGACUGUGCUGCUGUCGGCAUUGGAGGAUAUUAUCCAGGAUGUUAUUAUGGAGAGAGAGCAAGACCAGGAGCUGGAUCAGCGUGGGGCCGGGCCCGCUGCCGCUGUUGCUGCGAGGGAGAGGACGAGGGAGAAGGAGAGCCCCCUGCGUGGAGCGGUCAGGGCUUGGAUAGAGAGCUUGGAUCUCGUUGGUGAUUCUUGA